AUGGCUGAUUCUCUGUCGUGUUCCAGUGUUUUCAGUUUACGGAUUGUGACAAUCGAUUAUUACAUGGCUUCUCCGAUUCCUGGAUACGAUAUUUGCUACAGUAGCUUCCAAGGUGGCGAGGUAAAAGAAGUGCCUGUUAUAAGGAUAUAUGGUUCUACACCUGCUGGUCAGAAGACUUGUUUGCACAUUCAUCGCGCUUUACCGUAUCUCUAUAUUCCAUGCUCGGAUAUUCCAGUUGAUCUUCAUAAAGGAGUUGAUGGAAAUAUACCUGCUGUAUCCCUUGAGUUGGAGAAGGCUCUAAAGCUUAAGGGUAACACUGCUUCGAAAAGGCAACAUGUCCAUGAUUGUGAGAUUGUUAGAGCAAAGAAGUUUUAUGGGUACCAUUCACUGGAAGAGGCAUUUGUGAAGAUUUAUCUCUACCAUCCACACGAUGUGGCUCGUGCUGCUAGUCUUCUUCUGGCAGGUGCUGUUCUUGGUAAAAGUUUGCAGCCUUACGAGUCACAUAUUCCUUUUAUUCUCCAGUUUAAGGUUGACUAUAAUUUGUAUGGAAUGGGUCAUGUGCAUAUAUCAAAGAUGAAGUUCCGUAGCCCAGUGCCUCACCAUUUCCGUCCAAGGAGAUUUUAUUUGGGUGAUUGUGUGGGAGAAGGGAUUGAUGAAGUGGCUAUUACAGAGGCAGAUUCAAGUGCUACUGCGAGCGUCAGUUUCCCUGUUUGGAGCUUGUCAACAAUCCCAGGUCAAUGGAUGUGGAAUCUCUCUGAAGAAUCUGAUACACCGUUGAGCCAGAGCCAACAUAGGCACCAUUACAGACGUCAGAGUCUCUGUGAACUUGAGGGAGAUGCUACUAUUAGUGAUAUUCUCAAUCAACAAUUUAAAAUGUACAACUCCCUCUCGCAAGUCCAGUCUGAUACUAAGAUGGUUCAGUCGCUUGUGGCAAUUUGGGAGGAGGAGUAUGAAAGAACUGGUGUGUAUGAUGAUGCACCUAUACCUCCUGAUCCUGGCAAACCCUCGGCAGCUGAUGUGCUGAAGACUAUGUCACAUUAUGUUGGGUUUGAGAAUAUGCUAAAAGAAAUGCAUCACGAAGUUGGAUUGUCUCCGUCUGAUAUGAAACCCAGUGCAGUAUCUUCAGCCGGUUCAGAGAUGCAUGCCAAGCCAGAAAUUACGGAUCUGCAGGUUUUAAAUCAUCUAGUUGGUACACGCAUUGAGUUCCCUGCAUCAGCAAAACUUUCUCCACUUGAUGAGAGGAGUGGAAAAGCAUCAAUGGAAAAUGAUGCAUAUAUGAAUACUCCCACUGAUAGAGAUACACCUGCUGAAAUACAAGAUGCUGAAGCCUUGGGUCUAUUUAAGUGGCUUGCCUCAUCCCAGGCUUCGGAAGACAUAAAUUCCGAUGAUGAAAUUCUACGGGAAACCAUCCUUAGUCCUCUAUUGCCUUUAGCGUCCAUUAACAAGAUUCUUGAAAUGGCUAGCACAGAUUAUGUGAGCCAAUCCCAAAAGGAAUGUCAAGACAUUCUUGAUUCUCAGGAGGAUCAACCAGACGUAGGGAGUUCGACAAAAGAAGCUUUACAUACUAAUCUUGAUAGCCAGAAUCCUAUAACUUCAUCAGAGAAACAAUCUCUUGACACAGAAGUCUCCAGUGAUUUUCCAAAUAUCUCAGCUUCAAAUGAAUCAAGCGAAAAUUCAUUCCAGAGAUACAGAAAGAGUGAUUUACAUACGAGUGAAGUAAUGAAGAAUAAGAAUAGGAGCUUCUCAAGGAGCAACAAGCCUAGCAAAACUGUAUGGGGACCUUUACCUUUUCCGUUGACAAAAAAUCUUCAGAAGGACUUUGACAGUACAAAUGCUAGUGAUAAACUUGGUUUAAGAAAGAUUAGCUUUGACUCCGUGAAUGAGAUGAAAGACAAUAUUAAUGUUCCAGUCAAAGAACAUCAAACAGAUGUUUGUAGCACGAUUGACAAAAACGAUUUGGCUGGAUGUUCGCUGCGGGACUUGAUGAGAAAAAAACGGUUAUGCCAUGGAGACUCGCCUGUUUCACAACAUAUGAAGGCUAGGAAGGUUCAACCACAGACUAGAGACUCUCAGCACGAUAAAAAAAAGGAGUGCAUGGCUACCGUGAGAUCUGAGGCCAAGAAACAAGAUGCUGGAAAUUGUGAGUGUAAUAUAUCCACUCGGUCAUCUGAACUUUAUUCUGUUGAUAAAUGUUCAGCUAAAGAUGCAGCAGGUCAAACCAGUGAUGAAGUUCCUAGGAAUUUUUCAUCUGCUAUAAUUCCAGUUGGGAAGGAAUCAAACACUGUGGAAUCAGGAAUAUUGAUGUCUGGCAAUGAACUUGUUGUAAGUGGUAUAAAUAAUAUCCAAAAAUCUGGCGAUGAGCAAGAGUCAACUGCCAAUGAGACAGGAAAAUUAAUAUGCAUAACCUUAAGCAAGAAGCCUCCUUCUCUCGAUUACCUAAGUUCUGGGCUGCAUGAUUCUUUGCAUUCUCAUGAAAUUCCUGUCCAAAUUCAUCAUUCCAAGGACAAACAGCAUGAUGGAUGGGAGGGGAGUUCCAAGGAUAUCCCCUUUUUUACCUCAAAGGACGCCGAAGUUAACGAGGACGAAAAGAAACCCUGUUUCCAAGGUUCCCUUGGUAUUCCCUUGCAUCAUCUCAAUGACGGCUCCAACCUUUACCUACUGACCCCUGCCUUUUCACCCCCUCCUGUGGAUUCUGUUUCAGAAUGGAUAUCGAAUGAAAAAGGAAACUCGAAUAUUGAUUCGGAAAAACAACCAUUGGGAGAUGAUCAUAUUGAUUGUGGGACGAGUUUCACUGAUCUUGCUUCUGCAUCUAAUGUGAUAUCUGUGUCUAAGCACGUGGAGCAGCAUAAUAACGUUUUUGUGAAUUCAGAAUCAAAUGCUCAUACGGAUUUGAAAAGCAAAGGAAAGUUUCUUAACCUUAAUUUGCAGACAAGUGUUUCACAAGAGAUGUCUCAGAUUUCAGGUCCUGAUGGGAAAUCAGGGCCCACACCCUUAAGUCAAAUUGGAUUCCGAGAUCCUGCGAGCAUGGGGGCUGGGCAACAACUUACAGUGCUGAGUAUAGAGGUUCAUGCAGAGUCUAAAGGGGACCUGCGACCUGACCCACGAUUUGAUUCUGUCAAUGUCAUAGCUCUCGCCGUGCAGAAUGACGAUAAUUUUGCAGCUGAUGUAUUCGUGCUUAUAUAUAGUCCAGAGAGCGCUUACCAGAGAAAUGUUGAUGGCCUAUCUGGAUGCAAGUUGUCCGUCUUCCUUGAAGAGAGGCAAUUAUUCAGUUGUUUUAUUGAGACCUUAUGUAAAUGGGAUCCAGAUAUUCUUGUGGGCUGGGAUAUACAGGGUGGAUCCAUUGGUUUUCUAGCUGAAAGGGCUGCACAGCUUGGUAUCAAAUUUCUCAAUAGUAUAUCUAGGACGCCAUCUCCAACCACGACAAAUGAUUCAGAUAAUAAGAGAAAUCUUGAUAAUAAUCCGCUGCCAGAUCCGUUGGUAGCUGAUCCUUCUAAAGUAGAAGAAGUGGUAAUUGAGGAUGAGUGGGGCCGCACACAUGCUAGUGGUGUUCAUGUUGGAGGUAGAAUUGUUCUCAAUGCUUGGCGUUUGAUUCGUGGGGAAGUGAAACUCAACAUGUACACGAUUGAAGCUGUGUCGGAGGCUGUUUUGAGGCAGAAGAUUCCAUCAAUCCCCUAUAAAGUAUUGACAGAAUGGUUUUCAAGUGGUCCUGCAAGUGCAAGAUAUCGAUGCAUAGAAUAUGUGACUCGCCGAGCAAAUUUGAACCUUGAGAUAAUGAGCCAACUUGACAUGAUAAAUCGUACGUCAGAACUUGCUCGUGUUUUUGGCAUUGACUUUUUCUCAGUUCUCUCCCGAGGUUCCCAAUACAGAGUGGAAUCCAUGCUUCUGAGAUUAGCACAUACACAAAAUUAUCUUGCUAUUUCUCCAGGCAACCAACAGGUUGCGUCUCAGCCAGCUAUGGAAUGUGUACCUCUUGUGAUGGAACCAGAAUCUGCCUUUUACGAUGAUCCUGUUAUUGUAUUGGAUUUUCAAUCUCUUUACCCUUCCAUGAUCAUAGCAUAUAAUCUGUGCUUUUGUACAUGUCUCGGAAAACUUACACAUUUGAAGAUGAACACCCUUGGGGUCAGCUCAUACACUUUAGACCUUAAUGUUCUUCAGGAUUUUAAUCAGAUUCUGCAGACCCCAAACAGUGUAAUGUACAUGCCUCCAGAGAUGCGCAGAGGAAUAUUACCAAGGCUGCUAGAGGAAAUUCUAUCUACAAGAAUAAUGGUUAAAAAAGCAAUGAAAAAAUUGAAACCUUCAGAAGCAGUUCUUCACCGGAUAUUUAAUGCGAGGCAGCUUGCUUUAAAGCUGAUAGCAAAUGUGACUUAUGGCUAUACUGCUGCUGGCUUCAGUGGUCGAAUGCCUUGUGCAGAGCUGGCAGAUAGUAUUGUCCAGUGUGGUCGUAGCACACUUGAGAAGGCGAUUUCGUACGUCAAUGCUAAUGAUAAGUGGAACGCUAGAGUUGUAUAUGGCGACACUGAUAGUAUGUUUGUCCUCCUCAAAGGAAGAACUGUGAAAGAAGCUUUUGUAGUCGGUCAAGAGAUUGCAUCUGCAAUAACUGAAAUGAACCCACACCCAGUCACUCUAAAGAUGGAGAAAGUCUAUCACCCUUGUUUCCUUCUUACGAAGAAGCGCUAUGUUGGAUACAGUUAUGAAAGUCCCGAUCAGAACGAGCCUAUAUUUGAUGCAAAAGGUAUUGAAACUGUUCGAAGAGACACUUGUACAGCUGUUUCAAAAACUAUGGAGCAGUCGUUGAAACUCUUUUUUGAAAAGAAGAACAUCUCUGAGGUUAAGCUGUACUUGUAUAGACAGUGGAAGCGGAUACUAUCAGGGAGAGUGUCUCUUCAAGAUUUUAUCUUUGCAAAAGAAGUUAGGUUGGGGACUUAUAGCACAAGAGACUCUUCACUCCUUCCUCCAGCAGCUAUUGUGGCAACCAAAGCAAUGACAGCAGACCCUCGGACAGAACCACGCUAUGCUGAACGAGUGCCGUAUGUUGUGAUCCAUGGGGAACCAGGAGCUCGACUUGUUGAUAUGGUGGUGGACCCACUGGUUCUUUUGGAUAUCUAUUCACCCUACCGAUUGAAUGACUUGUACUACAUCAACAAACAAAUUAUACCAGCUUUGCAAAGGGUAUUUGGACUGGUGGGUGCAGACUUAAACCAGUGGUUUUUGGAGAUGCCCCGUCCCACCAGAAGCUCCCUUGGUCAACGUCCCUUAAACUCUAGAAACUCUCACAAAACUAGAAUUGAUUAUUUUUAUCUCUCGAAACAUUGCUUCUUGUGUGGAGAAGUUGUUCAGGGAUCUGCUCAGCUAUGCAACCGGUGUCUCAAAAAUGAAAGUGCUGCCGCUGCAACCAUUGUUUGGAAGACUUCAAAAUUGGAGAGAGAGAUGCAACACCUAGCCACGAUAUGCAGACACUGUGGUGGGGGUGACUGGGUACUGCAAUGCGGAGUGAAAUGCACUUCCCUGGCGUGCUCAGUAUUUUAUGAGAGACGGAAAGUUCAGAAAGAGCUUCGUGGACUCUCCUCCAUUGCUACUGAGAGUGAGCUUUACCCUAAAUGCAUGGCUGAGUGGUUCUGA